CGGCACCGUCACGUCACGCGAGAAGGCAGCGAGACAAGCAAAGCGAAAACAGCAACAACACACGAACCACAUUUGUUAUAUCAUGUGCCUAAAAACAUAGGAUGGGCCUGUGUAUAUGUACCUAACAAUCGCAAGACCCAGCUAAAGGAUUGCAUGGAAUCGUAAAAGGAUAUGAGUUCCUCCAAGAAUGGGGACAUUUCACAUGGAGGUAUGCUUGGGGAAGAACAACAGCUUCUCCAGGACCUUAAGGAAGAGACGGAUGACGUUGCAAUUUAUGAGCCAGUCGAAGGACUUGGAGGGGUUUUCCCGGGGGCCACUGAGACUGGGAAACGGACAUUUGCGGAGAUGGGCUCUGAUGUAAACGAAAAGUCCACGAGCCGCAAGAUAUUCAGAGUCUCUGAGGAGAUCAAGAAGCAGUUGACAGAGGAGAGCCUCCAGCGAGCCCUCCCAUGCCUGACCUCUGGGGACAAGAUGGACUGUGGCCGGGACAACCCCAGAAGCAGAACCUCGUACAGGAGGCCCCUGUUCGGUAUCUCCCACAGGAUCAACGAGAAGCGCAUCGCGCCGAGCUCGGAGACGUCGGCCGUUCAGGGCGGAGGACAGCAGCACGACUGCGAGAGCCCCUUCACCUCGGAGUUCCACAGUCCAGAGGAAAACUGCAAGUUCGAAGCCUUCCCCGGUGCCGCGAGGGUGCCCGGCGAAGGCUUGCCGACAGACGCCGGCCUCUAUCCGCUGAUCGAGAAGAUGUUUUUCAUCCUCAACACGCUGAAUUCGAGCAUGACCCAGCUGCACAGCAAGGUGGACCUGCUGUCCCUGGAGGUCAUACGAAUUAAGAAGCAGAUCAAGCCGGGCGAGAUGGUGACCGAGUUCCAGCCUCCCCCACAAUAUCUGCUGACCAGCGAGGAGCUUCAUCAGCUGAUGGAGCAGACCUCGGGCGCCGGGGAGCUGGGCUGUCGGCUGCUGGUGCAUCUGUUCCCGGAGCUCUUUAAGGCCAGCGAGUGCACCAAUGGCUGCAUCGCAAGCAAGAGAACAUUGGACUCGCUGCAUCUGCAGCUCAUACGCAAUUACGUAGAGGUGUGCUUCCCGUUAGUCAAGAACAACAACGUUUGGCAGGAGGAAUGCCUGAUGCAGAUCAAUGACUUGUUUAAUCAUUUUUGUGCACAGAAAGAUAUGGAGAGUGCCCGCAUGCAAAGAAAGCAGACAAUCAUAGAUACGGGAAUCAAGGCAGAGCAUGCCGAGACCUGCCACUUUAUUAAUGAGGUGGGGGAGGAGGAGCACCUCUCGAUGGAGGAUCAGAAUAACCUGGCUAACUCGGACUUGGCCUCUGACAUACAACUCACGGAUGACUUGGAUGAGUUCUCCUCCCCUGAGGACUUUGUUAUCUUCCUCGUUCAUCGCCUUUUCCCUGAGAUUUUCGAGGAAGGUAAAUUCCCAGAGGGCGCCAGUGGUUUUCACGGUGUCGGACAGCUUCUGCUGGAGUCUGACAGGUUGGAAAUUAUAAGGAAGUACAUGGAAUCAAAUUUCCCUGACGUGCCUGAGGACACCUGGCUCCAGGUGUGCGUUCAGCAUAUGGAGGAUGCAAUAGAGAGUGUCCACAGCAAUAUUAACGAGGGGGAACACGACAACAUCAGUAAUAACAGCUACGACUUGGCCGGUAUUCCGGAGGAUGUCUCCUUGAUAAGGAUCCCAAAUAUGUUUGAUCAUGAAAGGCCGAACCGUAGGUCCAAAAAGUCUCUGCUUGUCCCUGUGGAUUUUGACGACAUGGAAAUCCCUCUGCCAGACUUCAGCGUUCCCAAAGAAUAUCUCCUUUCCAAGGAAACACUUAAGAGCAAUUACGACUGUAGCCUGUCCAUCGGGAACUUUGCGUCUCGGGUUCUGGUGCUGAUGUUCCCCGAGCUCUUUACCCAGGAGAACGCACGGAAGCAUUACAACUGCAGUGGCUCCCUGGGCAAGAAGCAGCUGGACCCCGUUCGCGUCAACCUGAUCCGGCACUACGUCCAACUGCUGUACCCUCAGGCCAGGAACGACCGGGUGUGGAUGUUUGAGUUUGUGGGCAAGUUGGACGAGCGGUGCAGGAGACGCGACACGGAGCAGCGACGGUCCUACCAGCAACAGCGGAAGGUCUACGUUCACGAGCGGGAGCCCGAGGCCAGCGACGCGGACUGUCAGCUGAACCAGUUCAACGGCGACGCUCUUAGGGAGGACACAGACUGCACACAGACCCCCGCCGCGCCGCCCGAGAAGAGCAGCAAAGACUUUUGUAAGAUACCGCUGGACGAACUCUCGGUAACCGUACCCGACUUCCCCGUGCCUUCGGCCUACCUGCUCUCGGACACUGAGGUGCGUGAAGUCGUGCAGCAGAGUCUCUCCGUGGGGAACUUUGCCGCCCGCCUCUUAGUGCGUCUCUUCCCCGAACUCUUCACGCAGGAGAACCUGCGGCUUCAGUAUAACCACUCGGGGGCGUGCAACAAGAAGCAGCUGGACCCCGUGCGCCUCCGGCUGAUCCGCCACUACGUGGAGGCGGUGUACCCUGUGGAAAAGAUGGAGGAGGUGUGGCACUAUGAAUGCGUGCCCAGCAUCGAUGAACGAUGCCGGCGCCCCAAUCGGAAGAAGUGUGACAUUCUGAAGAAGGCCAAAAGAUCGAGCACUGUGUUUUAGCCACAAUAGUUUGCUGGUAUGGCAACAGCUGUCUUUGUCAUGAAAAUUAUUGCACACAAUAUAAGCUCAAUCUAUUGCAUUGUCAAACUUUUACAGCAGUCCGAUGUAGGUUUUCAAUCAGCACUAACAUUGGUCUCGUUUUAUUUUUGACCAUAACCGUAGAAAUUAUUGUUCAAGUACUCGAAUGCCGAGUGAUAACAAAUGUAUAUUUAUGAGCCAAACUGCCAUAGCUUAUGUACACAUUAACUGAUGCAGCUUAAAAAUAAUGUUAGCUAAUGGAAUAGUUAAGUUGAUAUAUGAAUAGAAAUGAAUCACGUGAUUUGUUUCUAUUUCAGUCUAUUGAACCACUGUUUAAGUAAGAAUUUGCUUAUGUUAAACCUUCUUAUAGAAGUUUAUAUAUAAAAACAAUUAACAAUGACAAUGGGUCAUGUUAACCUUUUUUCUAAAAAAAUCACAUUCAUAAAAUCUAGUUUAAGAAUUAAGGGAUGAACGACUCAACUUUUUUUGUCACAUCCAUCCAUCAUGGAUGUCAGUCAUCAGUCAUCAAGGAUCAGAAUUAAAAGUAAAUUUGAUUGAAAUUCCUAAUUGAUUGAUUAAAACCAAAUUUACAUUUCAAAUAUAUUCCAUCAAGCAAAUAAAUUCUAGAUUCUUAAAAUUACUUUUUGAUUUAUUCAAAAGAAAUAAAGGAAAUUACAAAAAUACUAAACAUAAAUUGAAUGUCAAAUCAUGUUUUAAAUAUGUGUCACCAACCCAAAAAAAAACAAGUCCAGAGUUUCAACAUGCACUUUAUAACUGCUUUCACUUUUGCUUGGAUUGAAUGCUUUGAGGCCAUUUAUCAGUAAAGUCAUUCUUGGGAAAAUCAUGGCUUGAAGGCUUCAUCCUUGGAAAGCUCUAAACUCUUCCAGCGUCUCAGGGCCACUUUGUACUUCUCUCCAUCGUUGGAUUCACCCAAUUCCUUCUUAAGGAUUACUCUCAUCAGAGUAACAGUGUUUCCUUCACCGCUUUCAGACACUACCAUGUCCAGAGUGUCUCCAACUUUCACCUAUACAAGGAACCAAAAAAAAAAAACCUAAUGUACCAUGAAAUGUGUGCAUCAAUGUGGUAUUCAUUUGCGUUCAUGUUAUUAUCAGAAAACUCACCGAUUUACUUUUCUUGAUGAGCUUCUGCCCAUUCAGUCGAAGCUUGUUGUUGUAGAAAGCAUCUUCAAUUUUACUAAUCCGGAGACAGAGCAAAACAAAGAAGGUCAGGGAGAGUUGAGACUAAUCAAAAUGCAUUACCUUCACAGCUAGUCUAUACUCACUCACUUGCGAGCCAUAUCCAAUCCAGACUUCAGGAUAACAUCGUAGCGAUAAGACUGUACAAACUUUUCUAAAUCCUUAUAGUCCUUAGGCAGGUUUGGGUCUUCUUCAAUCUCAUCCUCAGAGUCAGUGUCCUCCGUGUCCCGCUCCUCCUCCUCCUCCUCCAGAACCUUUGCUAAGCCUUUCUUUUUGUUGCUUUUGAACCUCAACUGGUGCAAUGACCAGUUUCGCACGGAGUCUCUGCCACGGACAACUGGCCUGUGAGAGCCUAACGUGAAACAAACGGACGAUCCCCAAAGCUGGCGUGUGUACAUGAUCCUUGGGCACCAGGUUGUCUGUUUGAAUCCGUAUCCGGGUGUGAGAAGUUGCCGCGGGUUGAGUCUUCCCAACUGCCGCAGAGCAAGCGCCUCUACCAGCAAACCCUGCAUGUUGAAGACCUGUGACACAAUAACAGGAUAUGGUGAGCAUUUUCUUUGACCAGAAACCCAAUACACAAUGUACUGAACAAUAUAUGUGACAAGAAACACAAUAACAACAUAGUGGCCCAUACUGUUCACCAGAAACAAAGUAAUAACAUCGUGGCCAAUAUCUUUGACCAGAAACACAAUAACAACAUCGUGGCCAAUAUCUUUGACCAGAAACACAAUAACAACAUAGUGGCCAAUAUCUUUGACCAGAAAAACAACACAAUGUAGAGAAGAGACCAUUGUUUUGCGAUUUAGUACUAGGUAGCUCACUCAUAACCAGGGUUUUGACAACAGCACUGACUAUUUAUUUCAUCUGACAUUAAUUGUCUAACUAUCGAAAUAAGCGUUCAUAAAAGAUGUGUCAAACUAGUGAUGCAGAUUAUUCAUAUUAAAGUACAUCCUGGCUGAGUCUUUAUCGCAUUUGGCUAUUCCUGUCGUCCAAGAGCUUGCAUAAAACAAGCAUUGCAAGACUACAAGGUCAGCAUAUUACCCAGCCAUCCUAUAGAAUAUGAACGUAAGUCAAUUGUUGACAAUUGUCUACUUACUCUGUCAGUAACCUUUAGCGUGUUGAGUUCUUCGUCCACAAUAUUUAUAAGUUAUAAAGGCAGACCGAUGUGUAGGUGGCGCCACCUAUGGCACAGGGGUGGCGUCGUGUUCAAAUCACAUCGGCGUUAAUCGGUUGUAAACCGUCCUCUUGUUGUGAUCAGGUUGUGAUAGCAGGCUACUUCAUGUAGCCUACACACUUUGCGUGCGAUGUCCAAUGGAGUACGAACAAUAAAAUGUUUUGUAGUGGACAAACAUUAAAAUCGGAUACAAGGUAAUGAUAUGUGCUCAAAUAACAUAACACAAUAACAUACGAGUACAAUAUUUUCUCUGUUUAUGUAUGGAUUGAUAUAUUGCAGUGCACAGGCAAGGGAGUGAAUUCCUU